GGGGGUCCGCGGGCGGGGUCCGAGCCCGGAGGUCAGGGCUGGAGUCCGGGGUCGCCGGGAGAGUCGCGGUCCAGGGGGCCGAGGUCGGGGACUGGGGGUCGGGGCCCGGGGCCGGAGGGCGGGUUACCGGGUGGCGGGCCUAAGGUCGGGGCUGGGGGCCGCGGGGCGGGGCCCGGCCAGGCUCGGCGGGCGCAGUACGGACCGCCCCGCGGCUCCAGCGCCCCGCCUCCCACGGGCGGCGGCCAUGGCGGCCUGGCGGGUCCUGGCGGGCGCCGCGCUCGGGAGGCAGCCGCCCGCCGCCCCGCCGCCGGAACCGUCCCCGGCCGGAGCAGUGCUCCGACAGCGCGUCAGCUUCACCCUCUGCGUCGCUUCGCAGGGCGAUGGCGGCGGCUCCGGGUCGGACUCGCAGGGCCGGCCGGAAGGAGCGGCGAGGUGUCCGGCGAGCCAAGAGUUAACGGAGGCGGAGCGGAGGAUCGCGGAGCUGCACGCCGCCGCCUGCGCGGCCAGCCAGCUGAACUAUGUGGACCCAGCUACCGGCUACGUGGUGCUCACGCGGCUGGCCCACUUGCAGAGGGGCCAGUGCUGUGGCUCUGCCUGCAGACACGUUCAUUAUCAGACAUAUGUUGAAGAAAGAAAAUAAUGACUGUUCCAUUAAAUAAAUAGCAGCAAUCGGGUCACAUUAGUAGCCCUUGAUUUUUUUUUAUAGCCUCAGUUCUCCUACUGUCUUCUCCUCGGUGUUGGCAACCCAAGGGAGGUUGCUGGCAAAUAGCAGAGUUUUAAUACAUUCUUCCUUUUAUUUAUAUCUUGAGCUAUAAGGAGAUUGAUAUCAUGCUAUAUCGUGCAGCAUAUGAGUGCCCAAGAAGUGCCUUUCUGCGGCAAGAGAUGCUCUCAUCUUCCAUCUGUUCUCCUAAUAAAAACUUUAAAUCAUUCUGACUUGGGGGUCAG